UUUAGCUCUCGGAGCACAUAUUCGAUGGCAUCACUUGGCAUCUCAUUUCAUCCAUUUCCGGAUCAGCCGGAUGAACGGACACGCAACUGGCCACUGGUGGAUUCAUUUUGGACUGUGCCCGUCCUGCUUUCCAUUUAUUUACUUAUGGUGCGCUAUGCGCCCAAGUGGACAACCAGACACAAGCCGCUGCAGCUGAGAGCUCCAUUGUUCUGUCACAGCUUGGCCAUGGUGUUCCUAAAUGGAUAUAUCUGCCUGGAACUCUAUGCGGCAACCAGGGAUCUUGACUACAAUUUCGGAUGUCAGCCAUGUCGGGUUAGCUUUGAUCCACACGAAAUGCGUCUUACAAAGGCAUUUUGGUGGUUUUACAUUUCGAAAAUCCUGGAAUUCGCCGACACGGCUUUCUUCAUCCUGCGCCAAAAGUGGUCCCAGCUGAGCUUCCUUCAUGUGUAUCAUCAUAGCACCAUGUUCGUCUUUUGUUGGAUUUUAAUUAAGUGGAUGCCAACGGGUUCGACCUAUGUGCCGGCCAUGAUAAACUCCUUCGUGCACAUCAUCAUGUAUGGCUAUUAUGCCCUGAGUGUGCUGGGUCCUCGAGUCCAGCGGUUCCUCUGGUGGAAGCGCUACUUAACUGGCCUGCAGCUGGUCCAGUUUACCAUUAUCUUCUUUUGGGCGUCACAGAUGUUAGUCCGUGGAUGCGAGUACGGCACCUGGAUAACCCUAUCGAUGGCCAUAUAUUCCCUGCCUUUCCUCUUUAUGUUCGGGAAAUUCUAUAUGCAAAAGUACACGGUAUCAGCAGUCGGCAAGAAACCUAUAUAAACCAAUAACACUUUUAUAAAUAGCUUAAAUUCUAUUGCUCGUUUUAGUUGUAAAAACCAAGUGCAUUUUUAUACUAAUUUUCAAACAAAUUGACACAGUUAAUAAAAGCUCGACCUUGAAUAUC